GUUCUGUCAGCAAGUACAGCAACUGCUAACUACUACUACAAAUGCAGUAUCGACUGCCGCAGUCUCUAGACCUGCACCCGCAAAGCCUAUGUCCACCAAGGGUCCAGUUCUGUCAGCAAGGAUGGCAACUGCUACCCCUGUUACUACUACAAGUCCAGUAACGACUGGCGUACUCUCUAGCCCUGCACCUACAAAGCCCGUAGCUACUGGUCUCGUAUCAAAAGCCAUCACCAUGACGCCUGCUUCUCCUGCCCAGGGUCUCUUGUCUUCGCGAGCUGGCCUAGCUGCUAACUCUGCUGGUUCAACACCAUCCAUUACUACUCCUAAACGAGAACCUGAACUGGUGGUCCUUAAAGUUCCCAAUCCAGAUUUUUAUAACUUCAGGAAUAAGUGUAAAUCAUCCUUUGUAGUUGGUCAGAAGUGGGCCGUUUUUGACGAUUUAGAUCAUAUGCCCAGAAAAUAUGUUCAGAUCAAUAAAGUGUAUUCACCUUUCAAGGUGGAUGUCACCUGGUUAGAGUUUAUUGCUGGGGAUAUAAAUGAGACUGCUUGGAAGAGAAGUGGGUUACCUGUUGCUUGUGGGAUGUUCAAAUAUGGGAAGAGUCAGAAGACUGAUACAAUUACAGCUAUGAGUUCAUUUUCCCAUAAGAUUUUCAAGAAAAAAAGUGUUAGUGAGAGUUGCAACAUCUACCCCCGGAAAGGGGAAACCUGGGCCCUCUACAAGAACUGGAACAUCAAAUGGAGCUCUGAUCCGGACAAUCACAGAAAGUACGAGUAUGAAUAUGUUGUAGUCCUGUCACAUUACACCAAGUAUUCAGGCAUUUCGGUUGCCCAUUUGGUUAAGUUAAAAGGUUUUGUAAGCCUAUUUAAGCCAACCAAUAACAAUGCCAUGGCUUCCUUUCAGAUACCAUCCAACGAAAUGUUAAGAUUGUCUCACAGGGUUCCUUCAAAUAGAACGAACGGUAAAGACCGAAAAGACGUCCCUGAAGGUUAUUUUGAACUUGAUCCUUGCUGCCUGCCCAGUAACCUUGAAGAAGUGUCCGAGUUCAUUGAUAGGAAAGCUGAAGUUUAUGAUGAUAAUAAUAAUAAUGGUUCGUCAAUAUCCGUAUCAAAGGAUAAGCAUCCUAUGCUGAAGAAAAGAAAAAACCCUGAUACAGAGAUUACCUUGGAUGGGAAUUCCCGAGGUGGAAGUAAGACUUCUAGGAUGUCAGAUGGAUGCUAUAAGAACCCAAAUGAAGAAAACCGGGUAGCAGAAGCUUCUGGUCAACCUCUGAAUAAGAGUAAGGCUACCAGUGUUUCAGAUGGCGGGAAAAUUGUUGCUGCUCACGCUGAGGAAAUGAGCCCAGAUGGUGUGAAUUCCAUACCUGGCAGUGUGGACGAGGCCAUCCCCUCUUCACUUUCUUCUUCGAAAUUUUUUGAAUUGCUAGACACGGAAUUUUGCAACUUUGACCAAGAGCGAUCCUGUGAAAAAUUUAAGACGGGUCAGGUAUGGGCUCUGUAUUACAAAUUGGAUAAGUUUCCCAAAACCUAUGUUCAGAUAGAGUGCGUUGAAUUGUUUCUUGUUUUUAAGCUGUCUGCAAAGUGGCUCAAAUCUUGCGAUCCUCCAAGACGUAUUAUUCCAUGGGUUGACAAGGAAAUGCCAGUAAGCUGUGGAAUAUUUAAGGUCACAUCUAGUGAAGUUGUUUUCUUUUAUGAUUCCAUUUCUUUCUCUCAUCAGGUGAGUGGGGUACCAACUGCUAAUAACGUAUACACAAUACUUCCAAGGGCAGGGGAAGUGUGGGCACUAUACGGUAAAUUUCGAUCUGACCUGACGUGCUCGGACUUGAAGAAAUGCGAGUACGACAUCGUUGAAAUUUUAGAGGUGGUUGAUGUUCAUUGGAUAAUAGUAUCAGUUUUGGAAAGAGUUGCUGGUUUUAAGACGAUAUUCAAAGCUAAACAAAGAGAGGGACUUGAUUCCACUGCGGCUAUUCCAUGGAUUGAAUUGUAUAGAUUCUCUCAUCAAGUUCCUAAUUUCAGGAUAUCAGGAGCAAGGUAUGGCAAAUUGCGUGGCUGCUGGGAGCUCGAUAUCAGAUCAUUGGCAGCUUCUGAUCGACCUCUGGAUAAGAGUAAAGCUACUAGUGUUCCAAAUGGUGAUGAAAAUGUUGUUGCUCCCACUAAGAAAUUGAGUCUAGAUGGUGUCAUUUCCAUACCUGGAAAUGUGGGCGAGGACAUCCCCUCCCCACCUUCUUCUUUGAAGACUAUUAAAAUGCCUGUCACAAGAUUCUGCAACUUUGAUGUAGUGCGAUCCUGUGAAAUGUUUAAGACUGGUCAAAUAUGGGCUCUGUAUUGCAAAUUGGAUAAGCUGCCGAAAACCUAUGCUCAAAUAGAGAGUUUUAAAUCAUUUCCUGGUUUUAAACUGGUUGUAAAGUUGCUUAAAUCUUGCGAUCCACCAAGAAGUAUUAUCCCAUGGAUUGGCAAGGAAAUACCAGUAAGCUGUGGAACAUUUAAGGUCACAUCUAGUGAACUUGUUGUCUUUAAAGAUUCCAUUUCUUUCUCUCAUCAGUUAAGCAAGGUACCAGCUGUUAAUAACGUGUACACAAUCCAUCCAAAGGCAGGGGAAGUGUGGGCACUAUACAGUAAAUUUCGCUCUGACUUGACGUGCUCAGACUUGAAAAAAUGUGAGUUACGACAUUGUUGAAAUUUUAGAGGUGGUUGACGUUCAUUGGAUAAUCGUAUCUGUUUUACAAAGAGUUGCUGGUUUUAAGACGAUAUUCAAAGCUAAAGAAAAAGAGGGACUUGGUUCCACUGCGGCUAUACCGUGGCUCGAAUUGUAUAGAUUCUCUCAUCAAAUUCCUAGUUUCAUAUUGUCAGGAGCAAGGUGUGGGCAGUUGCGUGGAUGCUGGGAGCUUGAUCCUAGAUCAUUGGCAGUUUAUCGAUAUUCAACGAACUGAAGAUGAGCAGGUUGGUGUAAGUUUUAUUCACUCGGAAGUCUAUAUCAGAAGAUGAACCAUUCACAAAGGGCAACAAUCUCAUACUCCAUCUUUUUACUGCGAGUCUUGGCCAGUAGUAUUGAACUGUUGUCGGCAUUGAGUGCAUGUGUGGAGUGUGGGACCCACAUGUCCAAUCAAUGAAGUCCACGUGUGUGGACUGUGGGACCCACAUGUCCAGUCAACUACUGCCACGUGUGUAGAAAGUGGGACCCGCAUGUCCAGAUGGAAGUAAUACAGAAUGAUUUUGAAAGAAGUUCUGUUGAUUGAUAAAAAGAGGGACAGAAUUGGUCAACUGGAUGUAGUGUGAGUUGGUAGUUUAUGAAGAAACCGUCUCUCCCUUUGCUCCACUUGAUUAUACAACGAAGUUGACCUGAAUAUGUUCUUUGGUUCAAGUCAUCUCAAAGCAUCUAAUUGACAAGCAUGGUCAAAAGUAAGACAAAACAGGCCCUGUGCACUUCUGAAUUCGAUUCAAAGUAAUACAAUUUUAUACUUCUCCCAAACUCCCAAAAGAAAUAAAUUACAGACCUUUGUUAUCGGCAUUCUGUAGAACUUAACCAUUAACCAAAUUUUCAAAAGCUCCACUCAAUCGCAUAAAAGUUUAA